AAGAGAUUUUAGAGAUUAGCAAACGCAGUUCACUUAAAGUUGGGGCGGCGGCUUUUGUGCCACGCCGUACGUUGAACCGCGUGAUGAUCGCCAAGCCAUCUCCGCUCUCUCUCACGCCAGCGACGGGCGAAAUGACACUAGGUGAUUUGUGGUGUCUCUUCUACCUGCCUGCUGGGCUUGGCGAGUGCAUUCGGGAAAACACAUACGAUCCAACGCUUGUGUUUCGCGUGGAUUCCGUUGCGACCUUCUGGAAGGUGUUCAAUAAUAUUCCUCAGCCGACAGAAAUGAAGAUCGGCACGCUGUACUUUUUUCGUGACGGGAUCAAUCCAAAGUGGGAAGACCCUGGCAAUCGUGACGGUGGCAUUUUGAAGAUGAAAUUAGAUUCCCAUUGCAUCAAUGAUGCGUGGGUGUAUUUGUUGUGCCGCACCAUUGGGGAGUCGUGGUCGAGGUCUGUGCGUGAUACCGUCAACGGCGUGGCCCUCAAAGCACGCGAGCGCGCGUACCUGCUAGAGGUGUGGGUCACGGAACAAAGCGCUGAGCUCAUGAUGGAUAUCAGCGAAUUGCUGCGGCCUCUACUGGGCGAUGUUUUCUCUGUGUUUUAUGCGCCACACUCCGUGACGCAGGAACGUGCCGCCGCCGCUGCUCUCGCCGAGAAGAAAAGGAGCCGAAACAACCGACGCCGCUGGUAA